GUCAGUUUCAAGUGAUAAAAAAACAACAAUAGUUAAACAGUUGCUUUCACUUUACAUUACUGAACCAAAUAGACAUUCAACGAAUCAACCCAACACAUCUCUCUCUCUCUCUCUCUCUCUCUCUCAAAACCUAAAUAUUCUGAAAAGUAAAAGCAAAGUGCAACAGCUCGAUUCCAUCAAAAUGGAGGUGAGUGAAGCCAGGCCCGCCAAAAAGUUGUUCAUCUUAUCGGGGCAGAGUAACAUGGCGGGCCGCGGAGGCGUGGACAAGCACAAACGCUGGGACGGGAUCGUCCCACCGGAGUGCGCUCCCGACGCCCAAAAAAUCUUCCGGUUGGACGCCAACCUCCGCUGGGAGGUGGCGCGUGAGACUCUCCACCACGACAUCGACACGAAGAAGACGUGCGGCGUGGGGCCCGGGAUGCCGUUCGCCAACGCGGUGAAGGAGCGCGUGGGGGCGAUCGGGCUGGUGCCCUGCGCCGUCGGCGGCACGGCGAUCAAGGAGUGGGCGCGUGGGGAGCACCUCUACGAGAACAUGGUGAAGCGGGCGAAGGCGGCCGUUAGCGGCGGAGAUGGCGGCGUCAUCACGGCGCUGCUGUGGUACCAGGGGGAGAGCGAUACGUCGUCGCAGCACGAUGUCGACGUGUAUAAGCAAAAAAUGGAGCUGCUUAUCCACAAUGUGCGUGCAGAUCUGGAUUUGCCCGAUCUUCCUGUUGUUCAGGUAGCACUUGCAUCUGGAACUCAAAAGAAAUAUGUGGAUGAAAUCAGGGCAAUACAACUGGGAAUUGAUCUCCCAAAUGUUGUGUGCGUUGAUGCAAAGGGAUUGCAGCUGAAAGAAGAUAAUCUGCAUCUCACUACUGAGGCCCAGGUUCAAUUGGGCCAUAAAUUGGCCCAAGCUUUUCUAACUAAUUUUUUGACUGAGAAGGCCCAUAUCUGAUUGGGCUAUUGAUAUGUGUGAGUGAGAGUGAAUCUCCAUUCCAGACUACUAUCAUUCUUAUCUUUAUAUUGUUUGGUAAUUCAUAUUAUUUGGAUUCACUCAUUAA